CGGGGGCGGGGGGCCCGGCCGAGUUCCUGCCUCCUCGGGAACAAAGGGAACUCUGUCUCGGCAUCUGUCACCGCCGCCCACCCAAAACUUUUCGCUGCGCCUCGGCCGCCCGCCCCGCCGCCGCGGGAGGGUCCCGCCGCACCCCCGGCACCAGCGGUGGCGGCGCGACCCCGGCGCGGCCCAUGCAAGGGCCGAGGCGGCGGCGGCGGCGGCCCGGGGGUAAGAGCGCAGCCGGGGCGGGCGGCAAACAUGGAGUCCCGGCCGGGCCGGGAGCGCGGGGCGGCGCGGAGCCGAGAGCGGCCCCGCCGCCUUUGUGCUGCCGGGCCGGGAGCCGCCCCCGCCGCGAAAAGUUUGUGGGAGUCGCGGGUGGGCGCGCUCGGGCUUUAACCAGGAGAGAUCUGCAGGCAGCUCCACCAUGUCGGAUAGCGACCUCGGGGAGGACGACAGCGCCACAUCCCCAGACCCCUCACAGUCCAACAAGAGGAAGAGAAGGGGCAAUCUGCCCAAGGAGUCCGUGAAGAUCCUGCGGGACUGGCUGUACGAGCACCGCUUCAAUGCCUACCCCUCGGAGCAGGAGAAGCUCAGCCUGUCGGGGCAGACCAGCCUCUCUGUGCUGCAGAUCUGCAACUGGUUCAUCAACGCCAGGCGGCGGCUGCUCCCCGACAUGCUGCGCAAGGAUGGGAAGGACCCCAACCAGUUCACCAUCUCCCGCCGAGGGGGCAAAGCUGGCGAGGUGGCCCUGCCGCGGGGGGCUGCUGCUGGCUCCGGGGUGCUGGUGGUACCUCCUGUGACGGCCCCGGGGGCCUCCAAGGUACUGUCAAUGUCUGUGUGCCCACAGGUACUGUGCCACCCCGCGCAGGCGCUGGGCAGCAACCUGACGGUGCUGAGCACCCGCAGCCCUGAGCGGGAGAAGCCCCCCAGCUUGCAGCCGGCGGAGCUGGACCCUGUCCCCAAAGUGCCACCGGGUGCCGCCGGCAGCACUGUCACCUUGCUGGCCCGGGCCGAGGCGGCCAGCCCCACCAGUGGACUCUUCAACACGCCGCCCCCCACGCCCCCCGAGCUCUUUGGUGACGACUUCAGCAGCUUCCAGCUGCUAGUGGAGGUGGCCCUGCAGAAGGCGGCCGAGCUGGAGUCGCAGCGGCAGGGCGGGCAGCUGCCCCGCUCGCCCCAGACUGAGCGCCCCGGGGCCUCCCUCUCCAAAUAACCCCCAGGGUGCGUCCUCCAGGGGUCCUGGCCCUCCGCUCUCGUGCCCCCGUCUGCCUGCACCCCCUGACCGGCUCCCGGGAGCUCCGGGCUCUGUCACCACAGGGAGAGGAAGGACUGUCCCCUCCCGCUGUCCUCGCUGGGAGGUGCCCCUGCUGCCCCGGCUGCCAGGACCGUGCCCUGGGGGGAACGCAGCACGGAAAAGACCUUUGCAGCUUCACUGGCCUCUCCCUGCAACUGACGGUCCCUGUGGAACAACCCUUGGAAAACCUGCUGAUUUCUUUUUCUCUCUCCUGUAAACAAGGGUUCGGCCAACACUUCAGGGAGAGAAAGAGAGAUUUUUUUUUUUUAAUUUUUUUUUUAGUUGGUGUCUGUUUUAAGGACUAUGGAUGAAAGCUUUUUCUCCCAAGCAUCUGAUCUCUUCUCCCUGACCUUUUCUUUUUCUCCUUUAUGUGUGGAGACCCUCUCUUGUACGUUACGCUGGCCAGGAGCCCUGUCUUGCCCACGGGAGCCCUGCCUUGCCCACGGGAGGGUGAAGGACAGAUGAACUGGAAACCUGAAUUCUGUGGCAUUUGUUCACACGGAAAACGCGGGACCCUCCUCUCCCGCCUUAGGGUGUUACAUGUGCUGCCAGUAGCAAUCUCUAUGGUGCUGUUUAGCAAUUUUUUGUUGAACCAUUUUCCCUUUACUUGUGAUUUAUUAUAUGAUUUUUUUUCCUUUGAUAAGCAUUUCCACAACUUCCCCGUGUUUCUCUCGAGUUCCCGCCGAACACGUGCACGUUGUGUCCGGAGCAGAGGGUGCGCUGUGGGGCGCGGACGGCAGGCGGCUGCGGGGGCGGAUGCAAAGCCUCAGACUGUGAAAUUUUUUAUCCAGUUUCUUUGUGUUUUUUUUUUUUUUCUUUUAUCUUUAAAAAAAAAAAAAAAGAGAAAAAAAGCUUGGGAAGAGGUGUGUUGUAGGCACGGGCGUGCGUGUUCCUCUGGCAGCCUGCGGAUGGCCGUUCCUGGAAAGCAGCGUUGUCUCCUCAGCCAAGUGGGAACGCAGGGAGUCCUGCUGCUCCCUGUCCCCUCCCUGCAGCUCUUGCUCCAGGGCUGGCGGGGCUGUGGCUGCUUGUGUGGUGCUGGGGACCUCUAGUGACAAGCUGGUGUCUGCUGGGAGGUGGCCGGUCCCCCCCAGCCCGGCCUGGGGUGGUGUUUGGGCUGUCACCGCGAGCCUGGCACUGUGCUGGUCCUGGGACUGAGAUGUUGCUGUUCCACUGUAAAAUGUAAGUUAAAUAGCGAUACGUACGCACCUAUGUUAUCUAUCCUCAGAAACACUAAUCCUAGGUAAUUAGCCUGAUUAUUAAGUUGCAUGACUAGAGAUAAUAAUGGCCGCAGGAUCUGGUGCUGUGCAGUGGUUGGAACCAGCGGUGCUGGGGGAGCAGUGCUGCGGAAUGAUGGAGCCUGGAAAGGGAAGACACUGAAUUUUGGGGACUAGUGUUUCUCCCCAGCCCUUUUCUUCUUCUCGAGAGAAGGGGAGAGGAGCUCCCGGUGCCAGCGGGGCUGCGGGACGGUUUGCCAAUGGUGUGUGCUUGGCCGGGCGUCCCUGUGCAGUGAUGGCUCCAGCUCCGGCGCUGCCCGGCUGGGCGGGGGGCACCACGUUGGAUGGAUGCUCAUUGUGGGGCUGGGAACAUCCCUUCCUCAUCUCCCCCAGCUCCGUUUCAUGUCCAGCCUUUGCCCCCUGCCUCGUUUCUGGGGAAAACCAUGAAUUGUAGGAUUCCUUCCCUUAUUUCUAGGUAGCCUUUCCCCCGCUGCCCCCCCGCAGCUCUGUUUCCUCCCCCAGGGCAGGGAGGGGCCUUUUAGCCUCCUUCCCUUAUUUUGCCCCAGUCAAGCCAAAGCGGAUCGGCCGGGGCAGAGUGCCGCUGUGCCUGUGCCGGGGACAGCGGGGCCACCCUGGGGACGGACCAGAAGGAGUGGGGAGGGCAGGGAUAAUUGGAUUGAAAUUUAUGGAGCAAGAAACUACUGUAAAUACCUUUUUAUUUGUUCUGUUGUCAAAUAAAAGUUUUUUUAGUUUUG